AUGGCUUCCUCAAUUUUCUCUUCAAUCUUCACCUCGAUCUCCGCCCUAGUCGCCCGCUCUCCUUCCGUCCUGGGCAGCCGCUGCGUCUCCUCCACCACCAACUCGUCGUCCCAGUCCACCGCCUCCUCCUCCUCCUCCUCCUCCUCCUGCUGCUCCUUGCUGUUGCCAUGCUCGUCCUCCUCCUCGUCGUCGUCCUUGGACACUUUCGCCUCUCCUCCCCUUCCUCGGCACUCCAGGCCUCCUCCCCUUCCUCGUGGCAUUCCUCGUCCUCCUCAUGUUCCUCAUUGCCCUCGCCGUACCGCUCCCGCUCCCGCUCCUGCUCCUCCCCGCCUGCCACCAACUGCUCGUCACCACCAUCGGGUCCAGGCACCUGCUGCUGCUCCUGGUCAUGUUCCUCUUCCCCACCCUCACCGCCGCAGCGCCCUGAAUAAAGACUAUGACGUCAUCAUCCUUGGCACAGGCCUGAAGGAGUGCGUGCUGGGCAGCCUCCUGGCCUCGCUGGGGAAGAAGGUGCUCCACGUGGACCGCAGCGCCCGGCACGGCGGGGAGAGCGCCUCGCUGAGCCCGCUGGACAUCGCCUACCGCUACUUCGACGUGCCCGGCUCGCCUCCUGCCACCAUGGGCUGCGGGCACGCCUGGAAGCUGGACCUGCUGCCCAAGUUCUUGAUGGCCGGCGGGCAGCUAAUGAAGAUCCUGACCCGCCUGGACGCGCUGCGCUUCCUGGACCUGCGCGUGGUGGACGCCAGCUUCCUGUACAAGAGCGGCAGGAUUCACAAAGUGCCCGCGACGGAGAGCGAGGUCCUGACCUCCGGGCUGAUGGGCCUCUUCGAGAAGCGCCGCUUCCGCAAGUUCUUUCUGUACGCCCUGAACUUCGACCAGCAGGACCCCCGCACACACGAGGGCGUGGAUCCCCUGAAGACCACCGUUAGAGAUCUCUUUGGGGUUUUCGACUUCGGUCACGAUAUCAGGGCGUUUGCUGGACACGUCCUGGCCUUGAGUCGUACCAACAGUUAUCUGGACCACCCCUGCCUCGAGACCCUGGCGAAGAUCCAGCUCUACGCCUUGUCCCUGGCCAAGAACGGAAGGAGCCCCUACCUCUACCCCCGCUGGGGAAUCGGAGAGCUGGCGCAGGCCUUCGGCCGCCUGACCGCCAGCCGAGGGGGUGUUUUCUUAAUGAACACACCGGUGGACGACAUACUGGUCAGGGACGGCCGGGUGGUGGGCAUCAGGUCCAAGAGCCAGAUCACCGGGUGCAGCCAGCUGAUUUGCGAUCCCAGCUACGCGCCGGGCCUCGUGCGCCGGGUCGGCCAGGUCAUCAGAGCCAUCUGCAUCCUUGGGCACCCCGUGAGAAACACCGACGGGGCCGGCUCGGGACUCGUCAUCAUCCCCUGCACCCAGACAAACCGCAGAUCGGACAUCUAUGUCUUCCUGGCUUCAUCCAUGCACGACGUGGCCCCGCAGGGCAAAUACAUCGCCAUUGUGAGCACAGCCGUGGAGAGUACAGAUCCCGAAAGAGAAAUCCAACCAGCUCUGGAGCUCCUGGAGCCCAUCGAGCAAAAAUUCUUUUUCCUGAGUGACCUCCACAUGCCCAAUGAGCCGGGGACUAAGAGCCAGAUCUUUGUGACGACCAGCUACGAUGCUACCGCCAACUUUGAGAGUGCCUGCCAUGACAUCAAGGAGAUCUAUAGGAAGGUGACGGGAUCGAAACUGAAUCUGGACUAA